AUGCCGAUAAAUCUUGCCCUCCUAGAAGCUGCGGGGUUACCGCAUGGAUAUCAAUUUGCAGGCUGGCCUCUGCGGCCCAGCAGAGGUGCCAGAGCGCGUGAGCAACAAAUUGCUUUGCCGCCGUCCAGCUGUCCUUCCAGCGGCCCCACAGCGGCCCAUCCUGUGUUGUCAACGGCUAAGUCUCCAAGACGCCUACGACUAUCAGCACCUCAGGAAACAAGGGCAGCGGAAACAGGGCGCACAUGUCUUUUUGCUGCCCUCGUUGCGGCAGCAUCAGCACUAGCAACGUCGGCACCAGUUUGUUGGACGGUGAUUGCUGCCAGCAGCGCAGCAACACCAGCGACUUCGGCAGGAGUUAUUGCUGCUGAUAAGGAGGCGACUGCAUCACAGAGUCGUGCUGUUUCUGCUCCCGAACCACAGCAGAUCCGCCCAUCGUCACAUCCGCAGCAGCACUUGCGCUUGAUUGGCAAGGGUUUGGCUUCUCUAUCAGACGCGCUCCUGUGCCUUCCGCAGGGGGCCUCUCUGAGUUGUCUUCGAACCUUAACACUCCACGCGAACUCGCUUGUUUCCCUUGAUCUGUGGGGUCCAGAAUACCAGCUGGAGACGCUAGACUUGAGAGAGAACCGUCUAACAGACUUCCGGCAGCUCCUCUUCUUGGGGGGGCUAGCGCGCCUAAAGAGCUUGGCGCUUCAACACAAAGAAGGCAAGAUUGAGGACGGCGCGCUACUCGCCUUUUCACCUCCGCCCAUUAGCAGCAAAAGCACUGACAGCCACAGCAACGGCAACCUCAUAUGCCAGGAAAAGGCCUACCGCCAAUGCGUGCUGCUGUGCGCACCGCUGUUGGAAGAGCUGGAUGGCAUCGCAGUCACUCCAGAAGAGCGAGCAGCAGCUUCUGCCUAUGGCAGGAGCACCAGUGGCGGCCUUCUUGCGCAGCAGAACGAACUAGACUUACUUUGGCGAGAGCUAAAGCCAGCGCCACCUGUUCGGCGAAUUCCUACAGUCAGCUCUUGCGGGCCGCGUGCGGCAGCAAGGCGAGCACGAGGAGCAGAUCUGGCAACAGCAGCAGCAAGGUCGACAGCCACAAGACCGGCACAUGAAAGAGCGCUAGCUGAAGAGACAAAGCUUGCAGCAGGUGUUGCAGCAGCAACAGCGAGAACAGCAAGCGCAAAGGCCAAACCUGCAGCACUCACAGCACGCGAAGCUUCAGGAGAGUCUUUGCCUGGCCAUAGCACCACAUUGGAACGGCUUUCUGGGGAAUCGCAUGCAGCGCUGCAUCAGCUGACAGGAGCUCAGUUGCUCCAGUGUCUUGCUGUGCAACCGCCUGCGCAUGCACCCUCUGCGGAUGCCAGUCCUCCCGCAGAAGCAGCGGCUGGAGGCUCAGCAGCAGCCUCCACGACCGUUGACUCAAUUGCAUCAGCAGUUGCAGAGGUAGCAGGCGGCGUCAGUGCGAGAAAAGAGUCUGGGGUCCCCUCUGAAGCCGCUCAAUCGGGGCCUAGUUGCGCGUGGCCUCAAAAGUGUAGUACACUCAACGGUAGCUGCAGCCGAAACUGCAGCGACAGCAAUGCGAACACUAUGAGCAACAGCGGCAACAGCUGCAUGUGCUCGAGUAGCACUGCUGGAGACGCUCUAGAAGUUGCGCGACUCGCGUUGCAACUACUGCAGCAGCAGGCACCCCAGCAGCAACCGCCUCUGCAGCAGCAGCAGAAGCCCAUGGCGGCUGGUAGCACUGCUGCUGAAGAGGGUGUGGGAAAGUCGGAACUGGAUGCGGCUGCAGAAUUAGCAGCGCUCGGAGCAGCAUCGUCAGCGGCUGCUCCGGUACACGUGAAAAUGCUGGAUGCCAAUUUUUUGCACGAAGGACCCCAAGAGAGUCAGCAGCGAGAGCAGCACCAGCAGGAAAGUCAGCCGCAAGAGCAGCGCCAGCAGGAGACUCAGCAGCAAGAAGCCCUUCAGCACCUUAAACGCCAGCUGGCUGCCUACACGGAUGAGGUCGAGGAGCUGCGGCAGUUGCUGCAGCGGCAUCAGAGGCAGCAGCACGAGCAGCGGCAACAGCAAGAGGAGGAGCAAGCAGCAGCAGCAGCAUUGAGGGAGCACCAAGAACAGCUCGUGCAGCAGCUGCAGCAGCUGCAGGAAGAGAGGGAUGAGGCUUGGAGCCGUGUGCAGCGGCUGCAGGAAGAAACAGUGCUGCAACAGGAUGAGCUCGUUGCAGCAAACCGGCAGCAGCUUCUGUUGCGAGAGCGCCAUGACCGAAGAGCAAAGGAGCAGCAGCAGCAGCAGCAGCAGGACCUGCAACAGCAGCGCAGCAGACACCAGCAGCAGCUGCAGCAGCUAGAGGAUGCAUUUCGUCAGUCGAUGGAAGAAAUAAAAGAGGCAGCAAGGCGACAGCAGGAAAGCCUGCAGCAGCAGCUGCAGCGUGCCGAGCAGAAAAUGCAGCAGCAGCAACAACACUUACAGCAGCAAGCAGAGCAGCAGCAGCAAGCACUACGGCAGGCCAAACGCAAGAACGAGGAGCUUAGGAGAGCUAUGCAUGUUGCAGCAGAACAGGAGAAGCAGUUAAAGGCGUCUGUGCAUCGGAUCAGCUGCAAGCUGGAGCGCGCGUUGGAGGAAUCUCGAAUGCUGCAGAAAGACAAGCAGCAGCUUCAGGAGGCCGUUGCGGCAGCGGAAGCCACGCAUACGCAGCAGCAGCAGCAGCAGCAGCACCUGUUGCAACGCAUCGCCAGGCUUCAGCAAGAGCUCGAUGAAGUCCAAAGUAUAUGGGCACCACGAGAACAGUUACGCGAGCUGCGGUGCGAACGUGACCUGCUGCAGCAGCAGCUACAACAACGGCAGCUACAGUUGCAGCAGCUGCAGCAGCAGCAGCAGCAAUUGCACGUGCUGCCACCCGCAGCUGAGCUCCAGUCCCUGAAAGCUGCUGUUGCAGCAGCAACUGCAGCACAACAGGCAGCAGAAGCCCGUGCCAAAGAAACACAGCAGACAGCAGAUGUGCAUGCGCGAGUGCUGCAGCAGCAGGAGGAGAAGUUGCAGCAACAACAGCUUGCGCUGCUGCAGAAGGAAGAGCUGUUGCAGGAUGCCAACGCCUCUGCCAGGCGCCGCGAGAAGGAACUCGACAGGAAGCUGCAAGAAUAUGCAGAUCGAGCCCGCGAGUGGCAGCAGCGGUACCGUGAAGAGGUUGAGGGUGCCGUGGAGGCCGCAGCGGCAGCAGAGCGGCAGCAGCAGGAAGAAAGGAAGCGCUGGCAGCAGCAGCAGCAGCAGCAGCAGAUACAACUGCAGCAGAAGGACGAGGCCUUGGAUUUUGCACAGCGCGAGUUGCAGCAGCUGAUGCAAGCCGUGCAGGAGCAGCAGCAGCACCAACAGCAGCAGGCUGAGCAGCAGCAGGCGCUUCGCAAGUUACAGCAACAGCUGGAGGAGGAACGCGAGCAGCACGAAAAGCAAAAGCGGCAGCAGAAGCAGGUUCUAGAACGGCAAGCGCAAAAGCUAGCUACGGUGUCAGAGCAGCUGCGUGUCAGUAAGCAGCAAGCCCGGGAGCGAGACUUGGAGGUUCGCGUGUUGCUGCAGCACUGGGAAAAGAAGAAAGCGAAUGCCGCUGAAACAGCCAAACGCGUCAACGCGCUGCUCAGAAAACUUCACUUAGACUACGGAGACCAGGAACCGUGA